CAUUUCCAAAGUUAAUUCACUCUUGGAAAUUCCAUUUCUUCGCCAAGAAAGGAAUCGAACCCACCAAAUAGAAACGUCAAAAUUUCACUCAUGUCUUUGGAAAGAUUGUCCCCACCCAAACGAUCUUUCUAAACCUUCUGUACUGCGUUUGUUCAUUACAACUAGUCUUUCCCAUUUCUCUAGCAAUUUUGAAUUUUGCACUUCAUCGCUACUCUGCAGAGGAUGGUCGAAGGCGAAGAAGGUUACCCGCAGACGACGGUGAAGAUUGAGAUGUUUGGAGCCAAAGACGGUGGGCAACCUUGGGAUGAUGGAGCUCAUUCCACCAUCACACAGCUUCUAAUUUAUCACAACCACUGGAUCUGUUCCCUUCAAAUUGAGUAUGAUUACAAUGGCCAAUUAAUUUCUCCUUCAAAACAUGGCGGAAACGAGGGUUCCUCUUCUAAGGUUGUUCUAGAUUACCCAAACGAGUACCUAAUUUCAAUUUAUGGUUACUACGGCUACAUAGGUAAGUGGGGACUUGCACACAAUGUGAUUCGUUCCUUAACUUUCCAAACCAAUAGAAAAACUUAUGGCCCAUUUGGGAAGGAAGAGGGAGUCAAAUUUUCAUUCCCGAUUAUGGGGGCUAAGAUUGUUGGCUUCCAUGGAAGAUCUGGCUGGUACCUCGAUGCGAUUGGCCUUUACAUACAGCCAAUUCCAAAAAUCGAACUCAAGAACUUCAGGCUGGGGCCUUUUGGAGGCAAAGGUGGGCAUCCAUGGGAGUAUGUCUUUCGGUCAAUCAGACGAUUUGUAGUUGAUCAUGAACAAUGGAUCCACUCCAUUCAAUUUGAAUAUGAGGAUAAGAAUGGAAAGUUAUUAUGGUCCAAGAAGCAUGGUGACACUAAUGGAAGUUCCAAAUCAGAGGUUGUGCUAGAAUUCCCAGAUGAGUAUUUUGUUUCUGUUCAUGGCUACUACAGCCACAUACGUGUUUUGGAAGAUUCUGCCACUGUGAUUCGGUCACUGACAUUCAAAACUAAUAGAAGAACAUAUGGGCCUUUUGGAAUUGAAGAUGGAACCAGAUUUUCGUGCCCAAUUCUGGGGACAGAUAUUGUUGGUGUUUAUGGCAGAUCUGGUUUGUUCCUGGAUGCGAUUGGACUCUACUUAGGAACAACUCUAAACAUGAAGGCUGAGCCGGAGCCUGUGGCUCCACCAGCACCCCAAAUCCAAAUGGAGCAAUCUAAACUGAGACAAUACGGAGGUGAAGGUGGAGAUGGUUGGGAAGAUAUGUUUCAGACAAUAAGACGGUUUGUGGUUCGUCAUGGAGUAUGGAUAGACUCCAUUCAAAUUCAAUAUGAAGAUGCUAAUGGAAACUUAGUGUGGUCUAACCAGCAUGGUGGAGAUGGAGGAUCCAGAUCAGAGGUUGUUUUAGAAUUUCCAGAUGAGUAUCUUGUAUCGAUUCGUGGCUACUACAGUGAUAUUCGUCGAUGGGGACUUGCAACAACUGUGAUUCGCUCCUUAACUUUAGAAACUAAUAAGAAGAGUUAUGGGCCAUUUGGAGUUGAAGAUGGUUCCAAAUUUUCAUUUCCAACUGUUGGGUUGAAGGUGGUUGGCAUUCACGGUAGAUCUGGUUUGUUUCUUUAUGCCAUUGGACUUCACGUUGCGUCGAUUCAAGAGUAGGUUGUAAAUCUUUGGAUCAUGGAUCUACUACAACAUUAACUCACCGAUUAACUCAAUCGCCAAUUAAUUCAAAAACUUAAAUUCAUGUAUUUUAUGUUUAACAUUUUAGUUAUGAAAAAUAAUUGUAUUUGCAUUAGCAAGGAAAAAUAAAUAAUUUUCAAUGGUCAAA